UCGGCCUCUCCAACAGCCACGACAACCUCAUCGGCAAGAAUGUCAGCCUCUUCAGCAACAACAACAGCAACAGUAAUCAGGCAGGCGGCGGCGGUGGAAGUCCUUUUGGUGGGCUUUCUUUUGGCGGGAGUUCAAGACAACAGCAACAACAACAACAACACCGCUCACCUCAGGUCGCCUUUGACUUUACGAACUCUCCGGUUCGAGGAGGCGGUGGUGGUGGAGGUGGUAGUGGCGUCAACCACGCCCGAUCUCAGAUCUUCUACCCGAACCCGUCUAGUUCACGGCUGAAGGAGGAGUUUGCCAGCAAGAACAACCGAACCAUAAAGCUUGGUGGAAAGCAAUACGAGAACAUCAAAGAGGACGACUUUCAGCGGCUGAGCGAGCUGGGCGCUGGCUCCUUUGGUGUGGUCGAUAAGAUGCUGCACAAGCCCUCAAAGACUGACCUGGCGGUUAAGAAAAUGCGCCGCAGCGGCAACCAGGACGACAACAAGCACAUCAUCAACGACCUGGAGCUGCUGCGGAAGUGCAUUGACUUUAAGAACAUCGUCCAAUGUUACGGCUACUACAUCAUGGAGACGGAGGUGUGGAUCUUCAUGGAGCUGAUGACCACCUGCUUUGAUCGGCUACUGAAGCGGUUGGGGGCGGAGACCCGAGUUCCAGAGCAGAUUAUCGGCAAGAUUGUCGUCUCGACUGUGAGCACCCUCGAUUACCUGAAGGACCGCCACGGCGUCAUCCACCGCGACAUCAAGCCGUCGAACAUUCUCAUCAACCGCCAGGGCGUCAUAAAGCUCUGCGACUUUGGCAUUUCCGGUCGGCUGAUUGACUCAAAGGCGCACUCUCGGUCGGUGGGCUGUGCCGCCUACAUGGCGCCUGAGCGAAUUCAACCGCCCGACUCUACGGGCAGCUACGACAUUCGCUCCGACGUGUGGAGUCUGGGCAUCACCCUGGUGGAGAUUGCCACCGGUCGCUUUCCCUACCAGGACUUCAAGUCAGACUUUGAGCUCCUCUCCAAGGUCAUUCAGGAGGAGCCGCCGACGCUGUCCACAGCUGCGGGCUUCUCGCCGGACAUUAAGAACUUUAUUGAUAAAUGCCUGACGAAGGACUACACCAAACGGCCGAAGUACAAGGAGCUGAUGGCCACCAG